UAACUAUCGCAACUACGACUCACUCGCAAUGGAUGACACAACAGCGUCGGUAGCGCAAGCACCCCCCGUACCUAAGAAGCGCGGAAGACCUAAGAAAGUGGUCGCUGUUGAUGGAAGCGCAUCGGCAGUCGCGACUGAGGGUACAAAGAAGGUUGUAGGGAAGACGAGCGCAGCGGUUACAAAGGCAAAGAAGACAGCUACGCCUAAGAAGGAAAAUGAUGAGGUUGCGAAGAAGGUGGGGAAACCUGCGCCGGUGAAAAGGACUACGAAGGUCGUGAAGAGCCGAAAGGAUGAUUCAAAGGUCGUCGCCGAGAAGAUAGUGAAGGUGGAUGAGAAGGUGGUGGUGCAGCAGAGCAAGAUCUUGGAGGAGGUGGAGAAGAAGGGGACGUUGAAGGCUGCUGUUGCUGGGAAAACUACUCUGAAGACUGCAUCUUCGGAGCCGGUUUCUGAGGCGCCUUUGUUGGAGAAAGCGAAAGCUUCUGGGGCAUCGACUGUUGACCCUCCAAUGCCUGUGUCCGAACCUGUGACACGAAAGAUUGAUGUGGCUUCACAAUCCAAAGGCCUGUCGCAAGAACCUACGCCUACGCCCGCGCCCGCGAUGGCAUCCGCGAUUGAAUCUAUGUCAACCCCUACCGCCUCGCCGGUCAUCAAAUCUACAGUCCCCUCUUCUUCCAAAUCAGUGUCGAAACCUCAAGCACCCCCACCUCCCCCUGUGGCAUCUUCAUCUUCCUCAUCAUCCAAAUCUACACCCGCUCCCGAGACCGCUUUUGCUAUCAAAGAUACACAAAACCCUGCUGCCUCGCCGGUCAUCGCAUCUGUGGCCUCUGCUUCUUCCAAAUCAACGCCCAACCCUCAGUUUUCUAUACCGAAACUCACGUCUCGACCACCACCUGGGACACCUUCGUCGCCAUCUAAACCUCCUUCCCCUCCAUCCGCCCCACGUCAACCACCACCACCGAAACCCAUCCAACCCCAUCCACGAGCGACCACGGUCUCUCUCCCUCGAAAUCCGCACAAUCCAUACCUUUCGCGACCCGCGCCCCUGCGCCCCAAGCCGUUGACGCCCGAGGAGAUUGAAAAAAAGGAGGCGGAAAUAGCCCUCCGAGAAGGCCGUCUGCCGAAAAAAUACCAGCAAGCAGGAAAACACAUCACCAGGAUAAUGGUAGGGAUUCCGUUCAUCAUUGUCGGGGGCUAUAUUCUGUAUCAACGAUCUGAUUUAGGUGAUGAAGUGAAAGAGUUGAAGAAUUUCAAUAUCGCAGUUUUGGAUCGGAGGCCCGCAUCAUCUCCACCACCAUCAUCAUCACCAUAG